GUGGACAUUUGAGCCGCAAUUGCUGAGUGCCCACUUUGCCGUUCAUAAAGGCAGGAAGAAUCCCUAGUGUUGUGGUUCGCAUUUUGAUUUCUGAAUAAUACAAAUGUGGUAAUGUCGUCUCAUACCUCUCACAAAUACAAAAAAAAGUCGAAGGAACCUUCCAAUUCUCCAUGGAGUGAGUGGAAAUGGGAUAGCAAAAGAGAACAAUGGCAAUCUUAUCGCACCAAUUCUGGGGGUGCAAUCGAGUGGAAAUAUGACGACCAAUUGCAUUCGAGCUCAUCGGCUGCUGCACAUAUCCCGAGGCUUGACGGUGCCUCACCACUGAAUACAGUCUCCGAAGACACAAAUCAAUAUUCAAACGAGCAAAAUUAUACUACAAGCAAUAAUAAUAUCGGACUAGUGACUGACUCGCUGGCCACUACGAGUUUGGAUCCAAGGCCCAAUCGGGAUCCACCGAUUGUAGCUAACCUUCAGCGGAACAACACUUCUACCCAGCACAGGAACUUCGAUCCCCAUUACAGGCUGCACAGCGCUCGGGAAUUCAGAUUUGGCAAGGUCUUCAAAGUUCUUUGGUCUGAACCAUCCGGAAGCACAGCUGGCGGCGGUGGCGGAACAGUUCUGUCACGUAGAGAGGUGCAUGGCCAAGAGAUAUUUGCCAAAGUUCGUAGGUUUGUUAUUAUAUCCCCUAAACAGGGUCAUUGUCUUUGUUUACCUAUCAUGUCCUACGAGGGAAGAGCGACAAGCAAAUCAGGCGUACAUCCUGAAGAGCAUGCAAUAAUUUACACGACCCCUGAACCAAGAUUAGUUGACAAUGAGGAUGGGAGCAGGAUGAUAUUUGAUCCAGUCAAAAUGAUACCGGAAUCUAGUCGACACGUACUCGAUGAAGCAUCAAGAAUAAACUAUGCUAAGAUAUAUACUGUGGAGUACAAUGUCAAGGUGUGGUUUAUUGGUCAUGUUGAUCGAAGUUGUGAACAGAUAGUGAGGAGAUCUUACGACGAUGCUAACCAGCCAUUACUUCUAUCAUCUCAACCAUCUGAUCCUACCGCCUACUCGACGAACAAUUUUACUUAUGGUAAUUCCACCUAUGCUACGCCGGGCAGCCCUGCAAACACAGCUGGCUAUUCUUCCACUCCAUCUUACCCUUCAAUACUCGGCUAUGGUAAUCAAAUGCCCCCAUCGACACCCGGCUAUGGAGCUGGAUAUGGAGCGGCACCUGCUAGUUCGAAUAUGUACGGCUCAUCACAAUACUUCACCCCAGAUCAUGCUCCGCCGCUGUAUUCCCAGCCCCAAUAUUCUCCGCAAUACCCUCCACAACACCCUUCAUCACAAUAUUCCACAUCGCAGCACCAACAAUACACGAACAGCACAAGCCAAGGAUAUAAUUACGGUCCCCAAGGUACAUAUGAUCCAGGCAGCGGUGCUGGUCAACAAUAGCUAAUCAGUAACCUGUAAUUUGCCACUGCCAUACGUUUAGGGGUUCGCUCGUUUACCCUUGAUGCCCUUUCUAUCCAAGCGAGAGUCAAUGAUAUCCAUCUUCUUCGGGAUAAUUCACUGCUACUUCUUGUAUCAGUUUUUCUUUUUUUAAAAACGAGUUUGGAAAUCAGCUGGAUCCAAACUCUUGAUACAUACUCAUUCACGUUUUUUCAUGAUCCAUGACGUUCCGACAGACACUUGUUCAUUCCAAGAAAUAUCACAAAUUUUCCAUUCAUGCUUCUAUUUUCCUAAUAUAUAUUCCUCAUAUCUUCGAUGGACUGCAAAUCACGUCAUUUUUAUGAUGAUUGAUAUCUCGAAUGGGAAAUAUGCAUCUCCCACUCCCAUCUGCAGGUUUCAGAUUUUAUAUUUCUCGCAUUGCUUUCAGCUGGGAUCUGAUUUUGAAUAUUCAUAAUGACUUUACGAACCCUUCUCUUCACGCUUUUUAUGCUCUUCUUCGUCUCUGCGAGCGAGCAAUUUUCUGCAGUCACUUGUUCAUACUUCAUAUUCUCACAUCGAAUUGUCCAUAGCUAUUUCAACCUCUGCAAGUAUUAGUUAUCAAACACACAAUCCGAAUAGUCCAUAUUUACUGCGAGCCUGACUUCUA